AUGAUUCUCAUCCGAGUUCGUCCUUCGUUGACCGCCUCCCCAGGUGUAAGUCCUCCGGCGGAUCCAGACCAGACCCCGAAAUCCGAAAUCGGUCCAACUAACGGUCAUCUCUCAGCGAAGAUCGAUAAACUUUCCAUUCUCGGGGUCCGCUCCUUCGACAACACCCGCAGCGAGACCAUCCAAUUCCACACCCCUCUCACGCUAAUCGUCGGUUACAAUGGAUCGGGGAAAACGACCAUCAUCGAAUGUCUCAAAUAUGCCACCACCGGAGACCUCCCGCCGAACAGCAAGGGCGGCGCCUUCAUCCAUGACCCAAAGCUCUGUGGCGAAAAAGAGGUGCUGGCCCAGGUGAAGAUGUCAUUCAAAGCUACCUCGGGCGCCAAGAUGGUCGCCACGAGAAGUUUGCAACUUACAGUCAAGAAAACCACCCGACAACAAAAGACGUUGGAAGGGCAGCUAUUGAUGGUCAAGGAUGGCGAGAGAACCGCCAUCUCCUCGCGUGUGGCGGAGUUGGAUCAGAUCAUGCCCCAAUACCUUGGCGUGUCCAAGGCCAUCUUGGAUUCGGUCAUCUUCUGUCACCAAGAUGAGAGCUUGUGGCCGAUGAGCGAGCCCUCCGUCCUCAAGAAGAAAUUCGACGAGAUCUUCGAAGCGAUAAAAUACACAAAAGCCAUCGACAACAUCAAAGCUCUUAGGAAGAAGCAGAACGAGGAGCUAGCCAAGUACAAAAUCAUGGAGCAGCACGCCAAGGAGGACAAAGAGAAGGCCGACAAAGCCGAAAAGAGGUCCAUCAAGCUGCAGGACGAGAUCGAAGCUCUACGUGACGAGACGCACAGACUCUCGCAAGAGAUGCGACGUGUUGCCGACCUCGCCGACAAAGCAUGGAAAGAAUCCGAGAGCUACUCCCAGGUGCUGGGCGCUCUAGAAGGGAAGCGCAUCGAAGCUAAAAGUGUCAACGCAACCAUCGACAGUUUGAAAAGACACCUUGUGGAACUGGAUGAUUCAGACGAGUGGCUGGAGACGAAUCUGGAACAGUUCGAAACACGACAGAUUCAGUAUCAGCAACAGGAAGAAGCCCAGAAAGAGAACUACAUGGAAAUCAAAGAGAAAAUCGAACAUGCCCGGCAAAAACUGGGAGUAAAGCAAGCAGAACGUGGAAAGUUCGAAAACGACAAGGCCAAUUUUGAGCGGCAGGUUGAGCGGCGGCAGAAAAUGACAAAAGAGAUCGCUCGAGGAAAUAACAUUCGGGGGUUCGAUAAGGUUGAGGAUCAAGCCGAUGUUGACGAGUUCAUGAAGAAGGUCAGGAAGCUACUUAAGGACCAAAACCAGGCGCUAGAUCGGGCCAGGCGGGAUGCGCAGAGCGAACUUCGCGAGGUGCAAGCCACCCUGAAUGAAAUCGAAAAGCGGAAGUCUGCACUGCAAGAAACCAAAAAUGCCGCAAGACGGCAGAUUGCUUCAAAUGACAUAGAUGCAGCAUCUUACCAGGCCAAGCUCAACGAAAUCAAUGUCGACGAAGGCGUUCAAGCUGCGCUCGAAUCAAAUAUCGAAGACACCAUGUCACGUUUGGAUCAGGCCAAGGAGCGCGCCAAGUCUGCCUCCUGGGAUCAGGAGAUUUCUAAUGUGAAUUCUGAACUUCGUAACUUCGAGGAUGAGAGCUCUCGCCUAAAUGCCGAACUAAUCGAUGCCACUAAGCGGGCUGGUGACUUGGCCCGAUUAGACCAUCUGAAAAAAGAGCUCAAGGAACGGGAGCGCAGCUUGAGUACGAUGGAGGGCGCCCACGGCGAUCGUCUUUCCAAGCUUGUGAGUGCAGACUGGAAAUCCGAGGCCUUGGAGCAGGACUUCCAUAAUGCCUUGCGCGGUGAAUCGGAGCUUGUAUCGAAGGCCGAACAGGAACGUGAUGCAGUCAGUAGAGAGCUGGAGCAAGUGGAAUACAAAUUGAAGAACGUCCAGAAGACUCUCACUCAACGGAAAAAAGAACUCAAGGAAUGUACCGAUGAGAUUCGCAAGGCUGUCAAUGGCGAACCUGAGGAAUAUCCUGAAAUCCUUCAGCAGCGACAGGCGCAGCUUGACAUUUCAAGGAAAGAUGCUGAACAGUUCGCGGGUAUUGGCGAAUACUUGGCUACGUGUCUCGAGACAGCCAAGCAGGCCAAGGCAUGUAGGCUAUGUACUCGGGGAUUCAGAAAUGAUACCGAGCUGCAGUCUUUCAAGAACAAACUAGAGAACCUAGUUAAAAAGGCCAGAUGCGACGCUGACGAUGAGGAGGUACGCAAUCUCGAGGAGGACGUUAACACCGCUCGCGCCGCUAGCACUUCGUACGAUACCUGGUCCCGUCUACAGGAUACGGAGAUCCCAGAACUGGAGAAGGAAGAAGGGCAGUACCUCAACCAGCGGGACGAGCUCUUGAACCAACUGGAGGAUCGUGACAAGAUCGUCAGCAAAAAGACUGAAAAGAAAAGGGACGUUGAAGCUCUUUCCAAGACGGUCAAUACCAUAGUCCGAUAUGAGAGUGAAAUCAAGUCGAUCCACUCCCAGAUACGGGACCUUACCUCGAAGCAGCAAGACGCUGGCUCUACGCGCACAUUGGAAGACAUCCAAGACCAAUUGGCUUCCAUCGGUGAAAAGUCUAGAGCUUUGAAGAAGACCCUGACGAAACUCACGAAUGACCGAGAACAGACCCGGUCGGAAAUCAACAACCUGGAGUUACAAUUAAGAGACGUCAAGAGUAACCUCGAUAACACGAAAUUCCAGCUGGAGAAGAAGGCUGACAUCCUCAGUCGUCUGGAGGAGUACAAGAAUCUCAAUGGUCAGCAGCGCGACGCGAUUGCAAAAGCCGACAAAGACAUUGAAGACUUGACGCCAGAGCUUCUAAAGGUUCAAGCCAAGUAUGACGACAUCAGCCAGCGCGCCGAAAAUCGAGAGCGGGAGAUGCAACAGGCAAUCUCCCAAUUGUACGAGAGCGUUCACCAGUUGGAGUUGGCAAACGAAGAGAUUGAUGCUUACAACCAGCGCGGCGGUCCGGGCCAGCUGGACCGGAGUAAGCGUGAACUUGAGGAGAUUGAGGAAGAAACCGAUCAACUGGAGGCCGAGCUAGGCGCCAUAACCAAAGAGAUCAACAAGAUUUCCGCUCAAUUGAAAGACAGCGAGAGCACCAAACGCCAGUAUGCGGAUAAUUUGACUUAUCGUCAGGCGACCAGAGCGCUUGAUACGGUUCAGGCAGAGAUCGAACAGCUCGCAGCCCAGAAUGCCGAGGUGGACCGGAGUCAUUUCAAAGAAGAAUCAGAACGUCGCACUCGCGAACACAAUGCGAUAGCCGCAAAGCAAGCCAGCAAAAUGGGUGAAAUGAAGUCCAAGGACGAUCAACUGAUGCAGCUGCUGGCAGACUGGAACACCGAUUACAAGGAUGCUGCUUCCAAAUACAAGGAGGCACACAUCAAGGUGGAAACCACGAAGGCUGCAGUCGACGAUCUGGCUCGGUAUGGAGGCGCUUUAGACAAAGCCAUCAUGAAGUAUCACGGCCUGAAGAUGGAAGAGAUCAACGCCAUUAUCGGAGAGCUGUGGCAGAAGACCUACAGAGGAACUGAUGUAGACACGAUCCUCAUCCGCUCGGACAAUGAAAACGCCAAGGGCAACCGAUCCUACAACUACCGGGUUUGCAUGGUCAAGCAGGGUGCAGAGAUGGACAUGCGAGGGCGCUGCAGUGCCGGUCAAAAGGUGCUAGCAAGUAUCAUCAUUCGUCUAGCCCUCGCCGAGUGCUUCGGUGUCAACUGCGGUCUGAUCGCGCUGGACGAGCCAACGACCAACCUUGACCGCGACAAUAUCCGGUCUCUCGCAGAGUCAUUGCACGACAUCAUCCGCACGCGUCGCCAGCAGGCCAAUUUCCAGCUGAUUAUCAUUACGCACGACGAGGACUUUCUUCGACAUAUGCAGUGCGGCGACUUCAGCGAUUACUAUUACCGCGUGUCUCGGAAUGAGAAGCAAAAUUCGAUCAUCGAGAGGCAGUCAAUUGCCGAGGUUAUGUGA